AUGGUGCUCAAGAGCCAGCUGCUAUUGCUCCUUCCCUCUCCUGUUCUUUCUGCGCUUAUCGCCCCUACCGCAUCGAACUGUACAGCUAGCGCGCUCCUCACGCCGAGCAUUCCUGGAGCCUCCAUCCUGAUUGUCGAUGCCUAUGAAUCGACACUUGAGUCCACGGCUAUCAGCUUCUGUAAUGUUACACUCACCUACACGCAUCCGGGCCAGAACGACCUUGUCAAAGUCUGGCUUGGGCUUCCCAGCACUUGGAAUGGAAGGUUCGAAGGCGUAGGAGGCGGCGGCUGGGUCACUGGGUUCCCGUCUGAGAUGGUCCCAGCCAUCUCGCAAGGCUACGCGGCUGUCUCAACAGAUGGAGGUCACGAUGCUCUUAGCCAGGCGACUGACUCGUGGGCGCUCCUGAGCCCUGGCAACGUCAACUUGUAUGCCCUGCAAAACUUCGCUUCUGUAGCGCUCAAUGAUAUGACUGUUCUUGGCAAGCAACUGACAGAGGCCUACUAUGGCAAGGCUAUCACGAAAUCAUACUGGUCCGGCUGUUCCACUGGAGGUCGGCAAGGUCUCAUGAUGGCACAAAGGUACCCGGACGCUUAUGAUGGUAUCCUGGCACAGGCACCAGGCGUCAGUUGGGCUGAGUUCAUUCCCACUAUGUUCUGGCCUCAGUGGAUCAUGCACGAGAUUGGGUACUUUCCACCUCAGUGUGAGCUCGAUACCAUCACUGCUGCAGCUACGAGCGCUUGCGACGAACUUGAUGGACUCAAGGAUGAUGUUAUUGGUCUGACCGGCCUGUGCACCUUCGAUCCCAGUACUGUUGUUGGCCAGCCGUACGCCUGCAGCAACGUAACAGGGACCAUCUCGAAAGAGGCCGCGGAAAUCGCGAAGCUCACCUGGACAGGUGCCACGAAUGCGGUGGGGAAACUGCAAUGGCCUGGUAUUGCUCCGGGCUCCCCUUUUAGCGGGAUAGCAGGUACCACGUGCGACUCGAGUGGCGGCAACUGCACUGGAUUACCGUUCGCGAUUACGACAGAAUGGCACCGACUCUUCAUCCAGAAGAACCCCGGCUUCGACCCAUACAACUAUACCCAAACUGGAUGGGACGCAGCCUUCCAUGCUUCAAUACAAGAGUACACAUCAAUCAUCGGCACCAGCGAUCCUGACCUAUCUGAAUUUAAGAGCUCGGGAGGAAAGAUGAUCACGUGGCAUGGUAUGGCCGACCAGUUGAUCCCCUUCAACGGCACUGUCAGUUACUACGAGCAUGUACUCAGCUUGGAUGCAAAUGCGACUGAUUUUUAUCGCUUUUAUUCAGCGCCAGGCGUCGAGCAUUGCAGGGGAGGUGCGGGUGCUGCGCCAACUGAUCCUCUGGCUGCACUGGUCUCUUGGGUGGAGGAUGAUGAAGUACCGCAGACGUUGGCUGCGAGUCGCACAGUGAAUGGGACGAUCUGGAAGCAGGAGUUGUGCUUGUACCCGCUGUCGUCCAUUUAUAAGGGCGGCGAUCCGGCGGUGGCAUCUUCGUACCAAUGCGAGUAG